UUAUGCGUGUGCGGGUACGGGUAACAGGCCAAAUAUUAAUGGGUCCGUGUGGUUGCGGAUUUAAUUUUGAUAUUAUCACGGGUGACGGGUUGGAUCGGGUGCUCAACUUUGCGGGUACAGGCGGGAGCGGGUCUCCAAAAAUGGACACGUGCAGGACUCUGCCACUGACUUCCAUAGUAGGAGAGGAAAACAAUAUAGAAGUCAAUGGUGCUCAAAAACGGUUUGGUUACAAACAUUGCUCAAAAUAUUUUCUUUUGUGUUCAGCAGAACAAAGAAAUGUAUACAGGUUUGUAACAACUUGAGGGUGAGUAAAUAAUUACAUAACUUUUAUUUUUGGAUGAACUAUUUCUUUAAGGAUAUGCAGAUGCAUUAGAAACCAGACUAUAAAAAGUGAAAAGUUGGAUUAACAUAAAAUAUUACUUUCAUUGAUCACACUUAAAAUUUUAAAAAAGUUAUUUCAACUUAAAAUUUCACUUGAAAAGUUUAAGUUGAAUUUUAUUUUAAGUGUUACCAAUAUUUUAAGUUGAUCCACCUUUUACCAGUGAAAAUACCACAGUCUAAAUUUGGGUGAUUUUAAUAGUAAUAGAUUAAUAAAUGUCCAACAGACACAAAUACAAAUGUCUAUAUUUCAAUGUAAAUUGAAUAGUUGUGUAAUUUUUUGGGUCACAUUUAUUUCUACAGCACUUUUCACAGAUUUGCAUAGUAGCAAAGCAGCUAUAGGGAAUACAAAGUAGAACAGGCAAAUUUAUAAAAAUAGAUACAUUUUAUAUAAAAAUAUAUUUUUCUUAAAUAAAUCUUUAAUAAAAAAUAUAUUUUAAUUUGAUAUUUUUAUUAUAUCGCCCACAUAGACCACAAACAAUUCCAAAAAUAAAAAACGUCUGUGUUAAUUUAACCCAACGGCCGGUUCAUCACUUUUUGACCCAGCAUUUUUAAGAGCCUAGAUAAAAAGUUUAUCAAGGCGGAUACAGGCAUCCAUGUGGCCAAUACUGCAGACUGAGAUAAGUAUUAAGGAAGAGCACAACACUACACUAUGGUUAUUAAAAGUACAACGCAUCCAUUUCAGCAAGACAGUCUUCAGGCUAUAAAAGCUUGACAGAAUGUGGUUCACAAUUCUUCUGCUUUUGCCUCCAUUCACCCUCAGCAUACGCUGUCCCAGCAGUUGCGUGUGUGACAUUAAGGGUUCUGCAAAAUGCACAGGGGACAUCACAGACAUACCCCCACUCGAUCCCACCAUCACCUUCCUACUCCUGCUUAAUGACACCCGAAUACAAGUUCUCCAAGAACGAAGCUUCCAGCCCUUUGUCCUUCUCCUGCGAUUGAGGAUUACCCAAGGCUCUCUCAACACCAUCCACCCAGAAGCCUUUUAUGGAGCUCCGCAGCUUCGCUCCAUCAAAUUGUCAUCAAACGCUCUGUCUAUUUUCCCACCUAAAGUGUUUGCCGAGCUGAGCAACCUGGAGCAACUGCACUUAGAUGAUAAUCAGAUAGUAUCCAUAAAUUCAGGAAUGUUUGAGGGACUGCUUAACCUAACCGAGCUGGAUGUCAGCAAAAACCACAUUUCUCAGUUGGACGCCAACAUUUUUCAGAGCUUGACCAAGCUGAGCUUUUUAAACCUGGCAGGGAACCGACUGAGGAACCUCCCACGAACCGUCUUCCACAACCUUAGGCAACUGAAGACCCUGGUGCUUUACUCCAACCAGCUAGAGACUCUUGAAAGCGGCUUAUUCGAUGACCUAAGCAAACUGUUGGUGCUCCUACUACAUAAGAACCAGAUUCGAGAAAUACCUCCACAACUUUUCUGGCACAUGCCUUCCCUGCAAACCCUUUCGAUGUCUAGCAACCAACUCCAACUUCUUCCACCCAGGAGCUUUUACUAUUUGCCAAACCUUACCAAACUCACCCUGUACAAAAACCCAUUGAUAUCACUACCCAUUGAGCUGGUGGGUCAGAUGCCAAGGCUCCAAGAACUUUACCUUUAUGAAACAAAUCUAGUCACCGUCCCCGGGAACCUUUUUGCUAACAUGACUGGCUUAAAAUUACUUCACUUACACUUUAACGAAAAUCUUACCACACUGCCCAAAGACCUGUUUUGUUGCCUGCCCAAGCUGAACAAGCUUUCCAUGAGACACAACAAGCUUAUGGAGCUGCACCCUGAUAUCUUCUCAGCUUUAGGUAACCUUCAAAUAUUAAUGCUUCAAGAAAACAAGCUCCAGUCUCUUCCGGCACAAAUCUUCCAACAUAACCCACGUUUACAUUCACUUAACCUAAACAACAAUGAUUUGAGAUAUCUACCUGGAGAUGUUUUUGUAAAUGCUAGUGCACUAAGUUCACUCUCCCUUAGUGGCAACCAAUGGAUCUGCAACUGCAGCAUUAUAGGUAUUGCCGAAUGGAUUCAUGAAAACGCAAAGAUUGUGAAUGACUUGGAAAAAGGAGUAGCAUGCCAGGAACCGUAUCAAUUGCGAGAUCAUCCGCUGCAGAACCUGACCUAUGAAGAUCUUCAAUGUGGUCAGAGUGUAUUCCCAACAGCUUAUAUGAUCUCAACUACUACUGCUACUUUACAAAGUGAAGAAAACGUGACUUCACCAUAUCAACCAACAACUGAUAUAAGCACAACAACUACAAGUACAUCUCCUGUGACUACAUCUAACCAACCAUUUACAAGUACUUCUACAGUAACCUCUCUGUUAUCCACUACAGAUGAGGAGGUGAACAUUAAGAUUAGUAAUGUGGUGUACAAUAACGAUCCAGGCUUUUUUGAUAAGAUUGUCCUGGAUAAUGGACCUGAUAUUGUGCAUAACAAUUAUUACAAUGGUUGGAUGUACCUGUGGACUGUCCCAUCAACUGCACUAUACAAUGGUUUCAUGAUGGCUUUCUAUAUUGGCCUCUUGACCGUUGGUGUGGUUCUGAUUGUGGCCGGCUUGUAUGCUUUCUAUCGGCUCAAUAAGGUGAUGUGGAUUUUGGGGGGAAGCUUGUAUCGAAGGCCAACAGAAGAUAAUGACUCAAAGAUAUAAAUAGAGAGAGCUCAAAUGUCUUAAUUUACUCUUUAGCAAACUGUUCUUGUAUUUACAUCUAUUUAAGGAUAUUGUAACGUAACUUAUUAUACCACAUAGGCCUACAUUCUGUAUAAUAAUAACUGUACCUUUUUUAUUUUUUAAUAUUAUUAAUAAUAAUAAUAUUAAAUUAUUUAAAGAUUACAGUAAACUUGAAUUAACAAGUCAUAUAAACUUUUUUGACUAGUGAAGAGUUGGUAUAAAAUUUUAAAACAAUAAAGUUGAAUAGGCUUAUGUUAUUGCAUUUUUUUUUAUUUAUAACAACAUCUAACUAGUCAAAAAAGUUUAAAUGACUUAUUUAUUCAAGUAGUUUCAACUUUUUCAGUGUAGGAGCUUUUACAGUGUAGUGGGGCUGAAGGAGCAUCUGAAACCACCAGUAAAAACACAUUUAAUGGUAAAAAAAGAAAAAGAAAAAUGUUUGCUUUCUUAGUUCAUGCAUAUUGGUUUUUACACAUAUUUUUUACACAUAUUUGUAAUAUGUAAUAUUUUUGUCUUUCUCUUUUGCUGUAAAUGCAGAUGCAUGUGAGGCCAUGUGGCAGUAGUCUCCAUUUAUACAUUGCAUUCAAUUAUUAUGAAUCAUCUGUUUCCUUAUACAAACCUGAACUGAACCUGCUAUAAUCUCCACAUUCCAUUAAGUUAUAUAAGACUGCUGUGUACACACACUUGUUGGCUGUUAACUUAAGCGUCAGACCAAAUUAAACCUUUCUGUACCUCCUUUACAUUGUCAUGUGUGCCACCUGCUGGAUGAACAUCAUAGAGCAGAUGUUACUCGCAAAGUAUGCAUAAGGCUGACAUUAAUGCUAUUUUGCUUUUUAAUGUCUUUAAAAUAAAUGCCUGUUUGGGA